AUGGCGCACAUGGUCGCCAAGUGGGCCAUGGAGUGGUUCUUGUUGGGCUACAGUUCUUCGAGUGGUUCGACGUGUAGUUCUUCGAGUGGUUCGACGUGUGGUUCUACGAGUAGUCCUUCUAGUGGUUCUACGAGUAGUCCUUCUAGUGGUUCUACGAGUUGUGCUUCUAGUGGUUCUUCGAGUAGUCUCACAGGGUUGCGUUGUCCUUCGAGUGGUUCUUCCAGUGGUUCUACGAGUAGUGCUUCUAGUGGUUCUUCGAGUAGUCUCACAGGGUUGCGUUGUCCUUCGAGUGGUUCUUCCAGUGGUUCUACGAGUAGUGCUUCUAGUGGUUCUUCGAGUAGUCUCACAGGGUUGCGUUGUCCUUCCAGUGGUUCUACGAGUAGUGCUUCUAGUGGUUCUUCGAGUAGUCUCACAGGGUUGCGUUGUCUUUCGAGUGGUUCUUCCAGUGGUUCUACGAGUAGUGCUUCUAGUGGUUCUUCGAGUAGUCUCACAAGGUUGCGUUGUCCUUCGAGUGGUUCUUCCAGUGGUUCUACGAGUAGUGCUUCUAGUGGUUCUUCGAGUAGUCUCACAGGGUUGCGUUGUCCUUCGAGUGGUUCUUCGAGUAGUUCUUCGAGUAGUUCUUCGAGUGGUUCGACGUGUGGUUCUACGAGUAGUCCUUCUAGUGGUUCUACGAGUAGUGCUUCUAGUGGUUCUUCGAGUAGUCUCACAGGGUUGCGUUGUCCUUCGAGUGGUUCUUCCAGUGGUUCUACGAGUAGUGCUUCUAGUGGUUCUUCGAGUUGUUUCACAAGGUUGCGUUGUCCUUCGAGUGGUUCUUCCAGUGGUUCUACGAGUAGUCCUUCUAGUGGUUCUUCGAGUUGUUUCACAAGGUUGCGUUGUCCUUCUAGUGGUUCUUCGAGUAGUUCUUCCAGUGGUUCUUCGAGUAGUUCUUCGAGUGGUUCUUCCAGUGGUUCUUCGAGUAGUUCUUCGAGUGGUUCUACGAUGGUUCUUCGAGUAGUUCUUCGAGUGGUUCGUCGAGUGGUUCUUCGAGAAGUUCUGUGUGUAGUCCUUCUAGUGGUUCUGUGA